UUGCAGACUUUGGAAGGUUCUCCAGCACCCCCGAUGCACCCUCUCAGCUGCAGACGUCCUCCCUGGAGGACCUGCUGUGCUCGCACGCCCCCAUCUCCAGUGAGGACGACGCCUCCCCUGGCUGUGCAACCUCCACCCAGGUGCCCUUCAAGGCUUUCCUCAGUCCCCUCGAGCUGCGUGUACCCCGAGGCACUGACAGGAAGCUGUCCCCACUCCUGAGCCCCUUGCAGGACCCGCUGGCGGACAAGACCCUGCUGGAGCCCAGGGAGAUGGUCCGGCCCAAGAAAGUGUGCUUCUCGGAGAGCAGCCUGCCCUCUGGGGACAGGACCAGGAGGAGCUACUACCUUAACGAGAUCCAGAGCUUCUCCAGCACUGAGAAGGAUGGGCGCAUAGUCGGGGAGAUCGCCUUCCAGCUGGACCGGCGCAUCCUGGCCUAUGUCUUCCCGGGGGUGACCCGGCUGUACGGUUUCACUGUGUCCAACAUCCCUGAGAAGAUCAAGCAGACGUCCAUCAAGUCCCUGGACGGGUCGGUGGACGAGAAGAAGCUGCGCGAGCUGACGCACCGCUACCUGAUGCUCACGGCGCGCCUGGAGAGGCUGGGCUACAACCGGGACGUGCACCCGGUGUUCAGCGAGUUCCUCAUCAACACCUACGGCAUCCUGAAGCAGCGGCCCGACCUGCGCGCCAACCCGCUGCACAGCAGCCCGGCAGCGCUGCGCAAGCUGGUCAUCGACGUGGUGCCCCCCAAGUUCCUGGGCGACUCGCUUCUGCUGCUCACCUGCUUGUGCGAGCUCUCCAAGGAGGACCACAAGCCGCUCUUCGCCUGGUGAGCCUGCCCCGGCGCGCGCCGCGCCU